UUUGUUUUGAUGACAUCAAUGUGAAGACUGUGUAAUGCGCUUUUGCCCUGAAAAUUGAAAUAAAAUAAAUUGGAAGCCUCUUGUUGUAAAUAAGAAAUCUAUUUCCUGCAAAGAGGCCUGCAAUUUAAAGGUGAAGGACGCACUGCCAUGUGAGAAUACUGCCAGUGUGGUGACCUGGUGACUGGUGAGAACUGAGUUGGUGGUGCAUCUGGCUGUGAGCUCUGCUGUGAUGGCGACCCCGCUGGCUGCUGCAGCUGGACCGGCACUGCUGAUGCUGCAGCUCCUGGCAGCCACAUCAGGAUAUGCUGACGAGUCGUCCGAGUCUCCGCCGCCUUCGGGGCUGCCGCCGCUGGACACCUCGAUCCGCGACGAGCAGGCCAUGCAGGUGGACGGCAAGACGAUCGUGCGCGACCUGGGCUCCACGCUGAACCUGACGUGUCGUCUGAACUGGACCGGCCAGCAGCAGACGCUGCACGCCGUGCCCAAGAUCGCCUGGUACCUGCCUACAUCGGAUCAACCGGAGCGGAUCCGUAAGGAGCGUCUGGAGGGCGGCCUACGUCUGUCGGUGACCAACCUGCUCAGCCACGACAGCGGCAACUUCUCCUGCGAGACCCAGCUGGCCGACGAGACCAUUGUGCUCAAGUCGUUCAUACUCUACGUCCGGCCGCCCGGCUGUUCGGACGGCCAGUUCCAGUGUCAGGGGCUCUGCAUCAACCGGGUUUUUGUUUGUGACGGGAAGGCAGACUGCCCAGAUGGCCUGGAUGAAAUGCUGGAGACGUGCGGAAAGCACGUGACGUGUGACGACGCGGGCCGCUCGGGCGGCGGUCAGCUGAUUAAGUGCGGCGAGCGGUGCCGACCGCGCCACUUCUGCUGCUACCAGGGCAACUGCAGCACGGGCCGCUACAUCAACGAGGACGAGCCCUGCUGCAAGCACAUCAUCGGCUUCAGCACCGGACAGUACCGGCCGCACGACCUGGACAAGACUCGUCCGCGGCACGAUGACCAGUCGGGCGCGUACGACCGAACCUACCUGGAGACGGCCAUAUACACCAUUAUCGGCUGCGCGGUGGCGUUCAUUCUGAUCGUCUCCAUCAUGAUCGUGGCGUUCUGCCGCGUCCACCUGCGCCAGUCGGCCCGCCUCUCGUCCUACUCGCACAUGCGGGCUGCGCGCGCGGCGGCCGCCCACCCGCCGCUGGCCGACUUUGACCACCUGAUGAUGGCCGGCGGCGGCGCUCACUUUCCGGCCUACUACGGCGGCGGGCCGGGACAUAUGAUGGUCACCUAUAAUAUCAAUAAUGGCGUACAGGUGAUGCCGCUGAUCAGCCCUCCGAGCUACUCGGAGGCGGUGCAGGGGCAGGUGGGUGGCUCUCUGGAGACGCACCGGGCGGCCGCCGCGGCCCCCUCGGCCGGCGCCCCGCAGCCCAACGCGGGCCCGCCGCCGCCGUACGCCUCGCGUGAAACCCUGGCCGAGCCGUCCCCCGCCUACGCCGGCUCCGAGAACAACAACGGAGACAUCAACGGUAACAGCGUGUCGGAGGCGGCCGAGGCGCCGGCCCCGCCCCGUCAGCCGAGGCCGGCGGCGCCGGUGGAGGAACAUGUGCCCAAGACUCCGUGAGGUGGUAGCGGGAGAGGUGCACCAGGCAGCUGAGUGGGGCAGUGAGCGGACAGAGACCGUGAGAAGUCGCGGGGGAGGGCGAUCGAGUGUGCGGGGAGAGCCGCGCCGUGGGGUGGGGCGACGUAGUCAGAACUGUGCCGAAACUGUGGAGCGAGGCGCAAGACGGAAUUGAAUUACGGAGCAACUGAGUGUGGCGUCGGUUAGUUGCAGAGGUAGUCCGAGGUAUUGAGGCCAGGAGAGAAGUGCGUGCUGACCGAUCGGUCUUAAAAGUGGAGCUCCGACGCACACACGAACUGUGUCCGUACCACCGCAGAGAGUCGCCGUGGUUACCCAGCUAAUAGCGUCGUAGCGACGCCCCAGGACAGUGACUCGGCGGACUCCUCGCUCGAAAUCCGUCUUCCGUGCGGGUAGUGCACGUGCCACGUGCCAUGCGCGUGCGAUAUCCGACUCUGAUAACCCCAGAUAGUCCUUGUAGAAUGCCGCUCGAUUUAGAUAUAUUUAGAGUCUCCGCACAGGCAAUAAGGGCUUGUUUAGUAAGGCAGUUUUGUGCUAUUAACUUGUUUCGGCUCAACGCGCCCAGCGCUCGUGCGACUGAUUUGCCAACCGAAGCCAUAUACUCUGUUGUGCCGUGUUAAUUGUGCAUUCGCCAGCUGUAUCUAGUCGUGUUUUGACGUAUGUACUAUGUAUGUUUAGUGUAUACAGGGCACAGGCACACAUCGCGCUCUUUGAUAGCUAGCAUAAUAGCAUUCCGAACUUUGUACAUGUUUUGUGGUAAUCGUCUGAUAUUACGCGGCAAAUAAUAGCCUGCCACAUACUCGAUAGCUUAUGUUACUUUCAUUAUCAUUUGUUGAAGGUAUGUGAUACACAUAAUAACUGAACGCAGGCUCGAUCGUGUCGUUUGCAUAGUGACUUGCCUCUGGGCUGUGGUCUGUGGAGUCUAUUCGGGCCUCGCCUGUAGGUUGGAGCCAAUCCCUCGUUCGCUGGUAGUAACCGGUCAUUUACUACUGACCCCCGUCCGGUUCCUCUUCUGUCGGAUAACUGUUGGCUAUCUGAACGUAUGGACGAUGUCGUCGACCGCCUCUUGUGUCGCACAUUAACUGGAGAACUAUGACGUGCUCGCCCUCGCCAGCUAGUGCACCGCGGCCGCUGUCUGUAUUGUACUCGUUUACUGACCUCUCCCUGUAUUGGGAUGGUAACUGCUCGUGUCCCGUAGCCCGCGACUGCGCCGGCGCGCCGUCAGGAGUCGGCUGAUGUCUGAUACGGUGUGAUGAGCCGCUUUCUGCGGCUGUCUGUGAGAGAGGCCGGCUGCAGAAGCUGUGAGUGGUGGGCUGCAGUACAAAUAAAGUCGCGUCCUGUGCUGCCACG